AUGGCACCGCGCUACGACUCCGUCGCCAUAAUCGGCACCGGCCCCUCAGGAAUAAGCGCGGUAAAAGCCCUGUCCGACGAAAAUGUCUUCAGCCGAAUCCGCGUCUUCGAGCGCCGCGACCGUCCCGGCGGCCUCUGGCACUACGACCCGAUCCCCGACGUCUUCCCGACACCGGGCGUGGACCCGGAAAUCCGACCAGGGAUCCCGGAAACAUUACCGAGUUUCACGGACCCUGUCCCCGAAGACCUGACUGCCAGAACGGGGAUCCACGAUGCGCUGGAUAGUAACGUCGGCUCGCAGGUCAUGGCGUUUACGCACAGGGCGUUUCCCGAGGUGAAUUCGGCGGUUUCGGUGCGGCAGCUGGGGAAAGCGAAUCCCAGUCGGCCGUUUCGCGUUGUUGCGGGUUAUCUCGAGGAUAUACUCCGUCCGUACCUCGAUCUCGUCUCGUUCAGCACAACCGUCGAGCGCGUCGAAAAGGUCGGAUCCAAGUGGCGCGUUACAGCGCGGCAACGCGGCCACUUCCAUCGGAAUAAACCCGCUGAGUACUGGUGGGCCGAGGACUUUGAUGCGGUCAUCGUUGCGAGCGGACACUAUAAUGUCCCGCUGAUUCCGGAGAUUGAAGGGUUGGAUGGGGCGUUUAAGCACUUUCCAGAUGUGUUUGAGCACUCAAAGAGUUUCCGGCAUGCGAAUGAGUAUGUGGACAAGAGAGUUGUUGUUGUCGGUGGGAAUAUCUCGAGUGCGGAUCUCAUUGCGGAUUUGCAUGCUGUUGUGCGUGGGGGACUAGUGCUUUCUCAGAGGGGGAAGAAUGAGGCGUUGAAUAAUGUUUUUACUCUUCCUGGGGUAGAGGUCAAGCCGACUAUUACCAAGGUUGAGACAUCUGGUGGGAAUGGCGUGACUCUGACCUUCAGUGAUGGCUCAACGGUCGAAGACGUCGACAAGGUCAUCUUCGCAACAGGGUAUAAACUCUCCUACCCUUUCCUGGUCCCGGACGUCGUCACGCCUAGCAACCGUGUCUCGGGCUUCUACCAGCACAUCUUCAAGAUCGGCGAUCCCUCGCUUGCCCUCGUCGGCCAGGUCCGUGGAGCAUUGAGCUUCCGCGUCUACGAAUACCAAGCCGUCGCGGUGGCUCGCUACUUUGCCGGCCACAACGCGAAGCCGCUUCCGUCACCAAAGGAGCAGGACGAUUGGGAAGUGGAGAGGCUGAAGUACAAGGGAAACAGUGCGAUCUUCCAUGAGAUCAAGCCGGAUUUCAAAGAGUAUUUCGAGUGGUUGCGCGAGUUUUCGGGGCCGGCUGCUACGGGGACGACGGCGUAUGCGCUGCCGGUUUAUCGGGAUAACUGGGCCGAGUUGGGGCUUGCGAUUCUGCAGCUCAAGGAUAAGUAUUGGCAGGAGAUCAAGAGGGCUGGCGGAAGGGUUGUGGCGAAGUUAUAG